UUACAAUGUAUUUUGAAUAUAAUUUAGAAAAAUAAAAAAAAUAAAUGUGAAUAUGUUGAGUCACAAAAUACAUUUAUAGUAUAUUAUAAAUAUAUUUAAGCAACAUGUCAUGUUUAAGAAAAUAUAUUAUAAAUACAUUUCAGGUUUAAUAAAUAUAUAAUUCCAUAUAUUAAAUAUAUAUUUAUUUUCCGUAUGGGAGGUUAUUAUUGCUACCAAGGCGCAGAUUCCAAACAGACUCCAGUACUAUAAACAGUUUUGUGUGUAUAGGUGUAAGUGCCAGGGAAUGAUUAAGUAAAGAAUGUGAUAUUUCAAACAUAAGCACGACAUACUUAAAUUUGACCAAGGCUGCACUUCAUUGCACACUUCAUUGUGAGGGAAGACAGGAGGAUUUUGGAGAGGUGCAACAAGGUAAUUUUGCUUUGAUUUUCUAUGCACUACAUUUACAUUUAAUGAUUCUUAAGAGGCAAUCAUAUUUUACAUUGCAGUUACGUCUGUAUAAAUACAAAAAGCACUUUUUUAGGAUACGUUUUUGCACAGCUUUAUUUUGGGUUACAUUGCAAACUAGAAUCUCUGAAAGGUAUUUGAGACUUAAAAUAUCUCAACAGCAUCAAAAGUAAAUAUAAUUGUCUUAACUUACCAUUUUUUGUUUUGGUUUUUAUAGAGUAAGAAAUGAUGCCUGUACAAAUGGCAGAAAGCCUUUCCCAAGACAUAUAUGACAUUAUUAACGGAACAGAGAAAAACAACAGCUCCACGGAAUGCCCAUAUUUUCCUGAUUUAAAUUUUGUUUAUACAUUUGUGCCUCCCUACAUUUUCACUAUUUGUGUGACAGGCCUGCUUGGAAACAUGUUUGUCCUCUUAGUAUUCUUCCUCCAGAAGGGUCGCUGCACAGUGGCUGAAAUUUACCUGGGAAACCUGGCAGCUGCUGACCUGAUGUUACUCGCGGGUCUUCCCUUCUGGGCUGUGAACAUCAUGCACCAUUUCAAUUGGCCAUUUGGAGAUUUCUUGUGCAGAACCACCAACGUAACAAUUAUUUUCAACAUGUACACCAGUAUUUACCUAUUGGCUAUGGUCAGUAUUGAUCGCUACUUGGCUCUUGUACGGACCAUGACCACUGGGAGAAUGAGGAGCGUUUUCUAUGCUAAAGUCUUCUGUCUUUGUAUCUGGCUCUUUGGAUUUAUCAUGAGCAUACCAUCGGUUAUUUACAGAAGCAUAGAAUAUGUUCCAGAAUUUGAUGGUGUGAUGUGUCUACUUAAAUUCCCUGAAAAAUCAUGGACAUUGGCUUCAUAUAUAAUUUUAAAUAUUAUAGGUUUUUUACUCCCUGUAAGUAUUAUUGCAUUUUGCAACUACCACAUCAUAAAAGCUCUGAGGGAAAGCCAAAAGCAUGCUUCUUCUGAGGAUAGGAGUGAUAAUAAAGCCAAUAAAUUAAUUUUUGCAGUUAUAUUGGCAUUUCUUCUCUGUUGGACUCCCUUCCACUUCUUCACCUUUCUUGAGAUAUUGUACCAGGUGGAUUGUCUAAAAGGUUGCACGUGGGAAACAAUUCUGGAACUUGGAAAUCAAAUUGCAACAUACAUGGCUUGUUUAAAUAGCUUAUUAAACCCUGUACUCUAUGUUUUUGCUAGUCAGUACUUCAGAAGGAAAAUCACAGACAUUUUUAAACACACCAAGCCCUGGAGAGGAUCGGAUUUAGUUGCACUGCAGCGAUCUGUCAUCGCAACACAUCGUCAGUGAAUUGAGAUUUUAUAAAGAUAAUACCAUAAGAUUAAAGCUCUACACCUCAAGAUAUAUAUAUAUAUAUAUAUAUAUAUAUAUAUAUAUAUAUAUA